AUGGCAGAAAAUUGUAAUUUUGGUGAUCAAAAAGAACGCAUGAUACGGGACAGAAUAGUCAUCGGAGUCAAAGAGCAACGGAUACAGCAGAAGCUUCUCGAGGUGAAGGACCUUACGAUGGCCAAAGCAGUGGACAUCUGUCGGUCUGCUGAGCUGCCCAGAAAAAAUUUGAAGGUGCUGACCAGUCCGGAGGUUCAUGCAGUUCAAGUGGGGAAGUCUACGCAGCAACAAUCAUAUAAAUCUAAUAAAAAUUAUUAUAAAUGUAAAAAAUGUAAUACUGUUCAUGGUCCAAGGCAAUGCCCAGCCUUUGGUGUGGGAGAGUUUAAGAGUCCGCUGCAGUUGCGCAUUCAACCAGGUGUGGAGCCUGUAGUAAGACCGCCACGAAGAGUGCCUAACGCGCUAAUGAAACGACUCGCUGACAAAUUGGAAGCUCUGGUGAAGCACAAAGUCUUAGCGGAAGUUGAACACCCAAAAAAUUUUAGCAAAGAAGUCAAAGAAGAAAUAAUAAUAGCGCAAAAUGGUGCCGGCAAUGAAGCAUCUGCAACUACAAAACAUACGGAAAAUAUAUUUAGAAUUGUGCUG